ACUACUUCCACGACAAAAGUUAAUUUCGCCCACUGAAUCUCAAAUCAUCCUGGACUCACCCGAAAAUUAAGUCGCUAAUCAUGGCUCCAAUUAACUUCGGUGUUCUUAUGAUUCCUUAUCAAACUGUCGAUGUAGCCAUGCCCUUGGAUGUUUUGGGCUCUUGCGUAUGUCAUGUAGACCUUUGGUAAAUUUUUCGUUGAAGCUAAUGCCAUACAUAGUCCAAAGCAAUGAUGGAAGCUUGCCAAGCUUUUGACACACCAGGGAUUGAUCGCUUGAUCAAGCACGCAAUUGAUAUCAGUUUCUUUCACAUCAAUGAAACUAUGGUAAGAGGAUCGAAAAGUAAAAAGCUAGAGCGUAAUCUAAUAUCGGAUAUAGGAACCAGUUGAAACAUCCGCAGGAUUCAAGAUGGUACCUACAACUACCUUGAAAGACUGCCCACCACUCGAUUACCUCAUUAUUGGUGGCCCAAUACCAACUUAUCGUCUUCCUGAAUCAUUCAAGAGCUUUAUCCGUUCCCAUGUCGAAGCUGGAAAGGGUCUUUUCACGACUUGCACUGGUGCAAUAACUGUUGCGCAGACAGGCAUCCUCAAUGGAAAGAAAGCGACAAUGAAUCAUUGUUUCUUUGAAUAUGCUAAGAAACAUUUUCCGAAUGUUAAUUGGACUAUUGAUGCUCAAUGGGUUAUUGAUGGAAAUGUUUGGACGGCAGGUGGUGCUUGUGCUGGUAUGGAUAUGAUGGCUAGUUGGGUCAUGGAUAGGUGUGGUAUGGACCUUGCGAAAUUUGCAUUUGAGAAUUUGGACUAUGAACCUAGGGAUGUGAGAGGAGAUAGAGUUCUUCCUCAGCAACACCAUCAUGGCUUGGAAAUUUAAAGCCCUUUGAAAGGGUGAAAGGUGAUGUGUAGGUCUAGCUGUUAACCCUUAUCUUCAGGAAAAUGAGAUCCCCCUUUGAUGCUAGGAAUGAAUUUUUAAAAACAGGUGACUACUUGACCCGAAACAAA